AUGUUGACUGCUAUGUCUUCUCAAUCAUCUCAAUCGUAUCGCUUGUUCAACCAAGAAAGAUGUAGAAAGGCUCUUGCAAGGUUCAUCAUAAAGGAUGAAUUGCCUUUUCGAGUUUUGGAAGGGGAGGGUCUAAAAGAACUUUUGCAAGAGUUUGAACCUAGGUUUCAGAUACCUUCACGAUGGACAAUUGCUAGGGAUUGCUACCAAUUCUGGGGCAUUGAAAAAGUCUUCACAAUUACAGUUGACAAUGCUUCUUCUAAUGACACUGCAAUUGCCUAUUUGAAGAAACGGUUGAAGAGUUGGAAUGGUCUAAUAUGUGAUGGAGAGUUUUUGCAAAUGCGGUGUGCAGCUCAUAUUUUGAAUCUGAUUGUUGGUGAAGGUCUAAAGGAAAUGAAUAAGUCUAUUGAACUUAUUCGGCAUGCAAUUAAAUUUGUUAGAUCUUCUCCAGCUAGGCUACAGAGGUUCAAGGAGCUUGUUGAAAAGGAAAAAAUUGAUUCGAAGAGUUUGCUGACUUUGGAUUGCCCCACGAGGUGGAAUUCAACUUAUCUGAUGUUGGAAAAUGCUGUCAAGUUCAUCAAAGUCUUUGAUAGGAUGGAAGAAGAAGAUCAAGAUUACAAGGAUUACUUUAAGAAAAAGGUUAAACUGUUUUCAAACCAACAGGGUGUUGUCUUAAGUUAUGAUGAUGACGAUGAUGAUGCUGAUGUCAUUGACACAACAUUAGGAAGGGCCACAGCUGAACCACCUACUGCAUAUGAUUGGAGUGUGGCUAAAGAGUUUCUUGUGUUUUUGAGGUUGUUCUACACUAAGAUCCUCAAAUUUUCUGGAUUAAAUUUUGUAACAACAAGUACAUGCUUUCAACAUAUAGUUGCAAUUCAGACUCACCUUCAUCGAAGUGCAGCUAGUGAGUACUCUCUCUUGAGUGACAUGGCAAGGAGAAUGCAGACAAAGUAUGAUAAGUACUGGGGAAAAGCAGAAAAAAUGAAUCCGUUGCUGAUCAUAGCAGUGAUCCUUGAUCCUAGAUUCAAGAUGACAUAUAUCAAGAUUGCUUUUGAAGACAUUUUUCCUGAACCUACAAAGCGAGAAGCCAUGUUGAAAAAGACUAUGGAUGUCUUGUAUCGAUUGUAUGAUCACUAUUUUGCUAGUGUUGCUGAGCUUGAUCAUGGUGAAGCAUCUAAAUCUCAAUCAAUAGCGGAUCAACAGCAAGUCCAUGAUAGUGUUGGAACUGGGGAUGAUGACAUUGACAUGUUAUUUCAUGAUGAUACUGAUUCUACAUUUCAAAAGUUCCUGGCCACUGCAGACACCGUUGUUAAUGCAGAGAAAAUUUCUGAAGUAGAUGAAUACCUUCAAGCAUAUUUAGGUGGUUUUCGUGAUCCAAAAUUUGAUGCCUUGGCAUGGUGGAAAGUGAAUGCUCCCAAGUAUAGAGUUUUGAGUGUAAUGGCACGUGACUUGUUGGCUGCACCGGUCUCUACAGUAUCUUCUGAAUCAGUUUUCAGUACUGGGGGUCGAAUACUGGAUAAUUUCAGGAGCUCUUUAUCUGCAAAGAUGGUUGAGGCACUCAUAUGUGCUCAAAAUUGGCUAUGCAGUAGUACUCCAAGACUCAAUGACCUUGAACUAGAUAAUUUUAUUGAGAGUGCAAAUGUCGUUACUGAGCAAGAGUCAUUGGUUCCAAGUACAGCCACUUCCUCAAGUAACUCUGAAGGAGAAGCUCAUGAUUAUGGUGGUGAUGAUGAUGAUGAGUGA